CUUGAGCAGGCAACUGAAGGCGUCCGUCCAGCAACUUCACAAUAUCUACUAGCUGCUGUCGGAACAAAGGCUGUCGUGACUCGCAUUGGGAACGGUCGAAGAAAGCGAUAUCAUGCAGACCGGCACCGGCACCGAAGAGAGUGCAAACCUCGAAGACAUCAAGCACGCCAACGGCGGCGAGCGUUACGAAGCCAGUGACAGUUCGGACGACUAUGAAGCGGCAAUGUCCACAUAUGCCGCGGCGCUCGUUUCAGAAGAGCGCCACAGCAGACGGGCCAUAAUGAGCGGCUCACUCACGACGUCCGGCGACCACGACCUCCACCAGAUCGUGGCGUCUAGAGCAGGCCCACAAUGUGUUCGGCAAACUGUUGCCUUCUUGGACCUGUCCGCCGAGCUUCGCAAUCGCAUCUACGAAUAAGCUUUUGGCGCGCACAAUGAUCUCGAACCCGCCCUCAUCAUUGCUAGUCCUUACCUGGACGUAGCAACGGCGGUAGCCGCCCAGCUGGCGAUUGCAUCCAUAUCUAAGCAAAUCCGAAAAGAAUCACUCGCCAUGUUUUACACCGUGACCUACUGGGUGGCGUACAUCGAGAUUCACAAUAUUGAGCCACUGAUGAAAAUGGCUACGGGUAGUCACAAGUGUGGCAAGGCCACCAACUGUGAAAGUGCACGUUAAGCUUCUGCCUUCAUCCGGGAUGAGGGUCGAUCUGCUCCCCUUCAUGCGAGACUGGCGAGGUCUGAAGCAUGAGACGAUUCAUUUGAUUAUACACAAUUGUUUCCCAAACAGCGCUGAUUCCGGCUUGCGGUCUUUGCUCGCGAUGGUCGUGGAUGGCGCUGAGAAG